AUGCCCGAGCGGGAGGAGACAGGACAGCAGCUCAGCACCAUCUCUGGCCCGCCGAGAGACCUCACCGACGUGUCGCGAGCUGUCCUGCGCAGCGAGCAGGCGAAACGAUGGACCAAGAGAUAUAGGACUGAGGUCGCAGCGAGCUCCAGCAGCCUGCUGUCCACGGUCGUUGCAUAUCCCCUCGAUUCUGUGAAGACACGCCUCCAAGCCUACAAGUUCAACUCAUUCAGCGACUGCGUACGCCACACAUACCAAACCGAGGGCCUGCAUGGAUUCUGGCGAGGCGUUUGGUCUCCCCUGGCCAGCAUCACCCUCGUUCGAACGGUGUCUUUCUCCAUCUACCAGCGCUCCAAAUACACAAUCGAUGACUGGAUUUAUCAAGCUACCGGAAGCUCGCCACUCGUCACAGCGAAUACCAGCGGUGCAUGGCCAACCUUUUCGACCAUCGCCUGUUUUGGCAUGGCAGGAGCGACCGCUGGCGCUACAAUCACAGCGAUCGCUUGUCCUUUCGAGUUGACGAAGCUGAGCGCCCAGAUCUCGGUGCUGAUGGCUGACCGCAAUGAUGGCUGCAAACAAAACGAUGCGAUAAGGAAGAGCUAUCAGAACCUUGGGACAUGGAAGACAGCUCAGAACUUGGUCAGACACCGUGGGUGGUCAGGCUUGUAUUCUGGGUUCCAUCUACACCUGCUACGAGACUCGAUCGGUACGGGUAUUUACUUCGUCACGUAUGAAAGCGUGAAACAGAUCCUGGCAAAUGCACGAGGCACUUCACCCACACAUCCUCUGGCCGUGGUGAUAGCUGGAGGGCUGUGUGGUCUCGUCAGUUGGGCUUGUAUAUUUCCAAUCGACACUGCGAAGAGUAUCUACCAGCGCAACUGUCUAGUAGGAGGCAAAGACAAGCAAACGAGGCCCAAGAUUCAAUUCCUUAACCCGCGAAUGUAUCGAGGCCUCGGUGUCUCAAUGUCUCGCUCAUGCGUAGUCAACGCCAUUUUCUUCACUGCAUUUGAGUUCACCAAGAAACGUAUCAACCAAAUGGACGUCGACGAGGAGCUUCUCCGCAGGCACGACGAAGGCGUUGACUGA